CAAAGGGGAAGGGACGCACCAAUUCAGGCUUAUCCGCUACUCCUACUCUCUCAUCUGCGCUCCUUUUCUCUCUCCUCACUCUCCACCUCUCUCUACCAGCCAUGGCGACCACCGCGCCAAACCUGCAUUCUCUCUCAUCAUCUUUCGCCUUCUCAAACCCUUCAUCUAAUGUAUCUGCUACUUCUUUCACUUUCCAAAUUCCCAACAAAAAAGCUCAAAUUUCCUGCAUUUCCUCCAAAAAGCUUCAUACCCAGAAGAGUUUCAAUUUUCAUGAUGCAGUUACUCCGAUGAACAAGCCUAGUUUUGGUAGGGAUCUGAUGGUUGCCCAGGCCACCGAAGCAGUUGCUCCGACUACAGAGGAAGCAGCUACUUCUCAACCCAAAACAUCAAAAAAGGCUAAAAAACUGAAGUACCCUCGGAGAGUACUUGAUGUGUAUCAGAUCCUUCAAUCCCCCAUCAUAACUGAGGCCGCCAUAAAGAAUAUUGCUGAUGAGAACUCACUGCUUUUCACUGUUGAUGUUCGUGCUGAUAAGAAGAUGAUUAGAGAGGCUAUCAGUAACUUUUUUGGUGUGAAAGUUCGAAAAGUAAAUACUUUGAUCAGGCCUGAUGGAACAAAGAAAGCGUAUAUUAUGUUGAAUAAAGAGUACAAUGCUUCAGAGCUGGCAAAGAAGAUAGGAAUUUUCCCAGGUGGAAACUAACUUGAAUACUUUUAGAUGUAUAGUUGUGGCCUUCUUUCUCCUUUGUUGACGACGAAAGCUAAGUUGGAGCCUUGUUUGGAGAUGGGAUCACUAGUAAUUUGCAAUUAUCAAGUAUUUCACUCUUAGCCUUUCAAGUCUCUGUAUCUCUAAAGUGUGUAACUUCCGUCAGUGAGUAUUGCACUUAAGUUUGCUCAUCCUUUUUACCUUCUCGAGCACCAGAAGUAGGUGUAUUUCGCUCUGUAUUUUUUUGUUUUUGUUUUACAUUCGCUGUUGUAGUGUUAAGGUUCAAGGCUUUAAGCGGGAUCAAUGUGUUUUAGUGGAAAGAGUUCAUUGCAAGUGGUCAGAGUGAAAGCAAACUAUGCUUCCUAUCAGUAUUUUUUCAGGCCGGUUUUUUAAGAAAUGUUUAUGUUUA